UGAAUCCGCCAUAAGUUUAGAUUUUUCUCAGUUUUAGUUCCCUGUGCAAGUAGAACAUUUUCGGGCCAUAUUUUUCUUGUUUCCAUUAAUAAUAAUAUAUAAACAGACAUGAGUUCAUUGAAGUGUGCAUCAGGACGAAAGAGGAGGAGGUUAGAGUUUCCUUCAAAAGAUGAACAAACACAGGUGGAGUAUGAGGAUGUGAAACUUGUUGUUAUAAAAACAAAAAAGUCUAUAAAAGCACUUGAAAAAAUACUGAAAGACUUCACAAACUACAAGCAAAAUUUCCAAGAUAUAGAACAUCAUCUUAAAAGAAACACUCAUGCUCGUAUGCAUGAAUUGAAUACAAUACUUUCUGUGACAACCCAGGAAGAAGAUACAAUCACAGAUUUAAAAAGAAGAUUAGAAAAGAGUGAGGAGGAAAAUGAACGUAUUGAUGGAGAAAUAGAGAAGUCAAAUGAUUUAUUGAGAAAAAGUGAAGAAAGAUGUAAAAAUAUCACCCAGGAAAAAACAAAAUUAUAUGAGGACAAUGAAAAGACACUUAAGCAAUUACAGCAAAAGGAAAGUGAAAUUGAAGAACUCAAAUCAGAAAGUGAAGAAGCAAGAAGAAUACAAGAAACAAAAGCUAUUGAGGUAGAGUCCAGGCAGAAAGCCAUUAAUACAUUGGAAAAACAAGUGGCAGGUCUACAAGGAGAAAAUGAAAACACAAUAAAAUCCUUGCAGCAUGAAGCAUAUGUCCUUGAACAGAAGUUAAAAAAAGAAAAAGAAGAUGCAAUAAGUAAUGUUAAUAAGUUGAAAAAUGAGAAACAGCUAGCUAUAGACCAUUACAAACAACAAGUCCAGAGUAGAGACAAUGAAAUUCAGAGAUUAAAUGGACAAAUCAGGCAAUUAUCAGAAAACAAUGCACAGUAUGACGAGUUCUGUAGGCAAACUCAACAAGAACUGCAAAGUUUUAAGUCAGAGCUGGAAAGGAAAGAAAACACUCUGCAGACAGUUGUCAAACAAAGAGAUGAAGAAAGAACAUUGAAGGAAGAUGAAAGGAAACAGAAAGAUGAAGCUUUGACAAGGUUAAGUGCCAUUGCUGGAGACAGACUGAGAAAUAAUAACCCAGGAAUCACUGACCUGUCUGACCCUAACAGACCAAUGAAAAUAGCUGAAAAAUUUACAGAAAUGUAUGACAAUGAUUGGACAGACAGUAUGGAAGCCUUAGAGGAACUUGAUCUUGGGGAAGAAGAUUGUGUCAAGAUAUUACUGCAUUUUUUAACAGAUUCCUAUGAAGAGUGUGGAAGACUUGUAGCUGAACUAGAUAGUCACAUUUUAAAAGCUGUAAUUAUUUCUGGUUGUGAGCAAGACACAAAUGAGUCUGGCGAUAAUAAACCACAAGACCCAAAUAUUCCUGCAGAGUUACUGAAACCAAUGAAAGAUUUGAGAAGGAAGUUGACUGAAAAUAAUGUUGAAAAAUUACAGAAGAAACUACCUGAUUACUUAAUGAAAACACGAAACCUAUCUGAGGAACAUAUAUCAGCAUGUUCUAAGUUUGUAGAAGAUUGUAUUAAGUAUGCCUGGAUGAUGCAGAUACAAGAUCCACCAGUUUACAUAGAGUGGGAUUUCCCUAGUGAUACAAAGAUAGAUACUAAUAUCUUACGCUCCUACACAAAGGCUGGAGAUCAAGUUGACUUUAUAGUGUGGCCUGUGUUGUACCUACACAAAGAUGGCCCUGUACUUAAUAAAGGCGUUGUUCAGCCAAAGUCAGCAAAUAAGUAAAUGAUAGCAAUGCGUACAUUUUAAAUAACCAUUCCUUAAAGUUUAUACUUUAAUCAUACCUACUUUUUAAAGUUUUAUGGUGUUGUAAUCGAUAAAUGUUGUUAACAGUAUAUUGUUAUGUUUAUAAAGCUAUUCAGAAUAUGAUGGAAUUAUGUGGGAAUAAUGGAGAAUUUGUGGAAAUUAUGUCAGGUUGUAAUAUAAUGAUUGAUUGAUUGGUGUUUUAAUGCCACUUUCAGCACUACUGUGGUAAGUUUUUAUUGGUUGAGAAAGCUGAAGUCCCCGGAGAGAACCACUGACCUUCUGUAGGAAUCUUUGUCAUAUAAAAGAAGUUUUUAGCUUAUUAAGUAAAGAUAAUCUUAUGGUUGUAUUAUUAUUCCUUGUAGACAACUUGAAAUUUUUUUGAGGGUUUUCCAUCCGUAAAGUUCAAUGCUUGUUGUAAAAUACAUAAGAAAUGGUCAAAUGUAUCAAAAACAGUUUGAUAUACAAACCAUGUAUACUGUUAAUUAUAUAAAAUAGUAUUUAUGUGGAAAUUUGGUAUGUCAUAGUUGAAAAAAGAUUGAUUGGUUUCUGUUUUCCGUUGCACCUGUGAAAAGACUAUAUCACAGCCCAGAGCUCUGAUCUUGUACACUAUUUGGAAAAAGAGAUGCUAUUUUAGACAUUCCUUUAAAGGGCCUGUUUAAGUAAUUAAAAAAUAUGGUAUAAAUUUUAUUAUUUAGUUGUAUAUAUUUUUAUCAUAUAUUAAUCAAAUUCAGAAGAAUGAUUUAUGUAGUAAAUUAAAAUAAGAUCCUCAUACAGUUAAUAAAUGAAACAACAAAUUAAAUACAUACACAAUUUCCAACUGAAGGAACAUUUUUAGAAUAUAUAAUUGCCAAAGUCAACAAAUCAGUAAUUGAUGACAAUAUAAAAGUAAGGAGAUGUGGUAUGAUUGCCAAUGAGACAACUAUCCACCAAAGUUCAUAUGAAGUGGAUGUAAGCAAUUAAAGGCAACUGUACGGCCUUCAACAAUGAGAAAAUCCCAUACCUUAUGGUCGGCUAUAAAAGGCACCGACAUGAAAAAUAUGAAACAAUUCAAUUGAGAAAACUAACAGCCUAAUUUAUAACAAAACAGUUUACGAAAAACAAAUAUGACGGACAUAAACCAAUGACAACCACUGAACUAAAGGCUCCCGACUUAGGACAGGCACAUAAAGAAUGUGGCGGGGUUAAACAUGUUUGUGAUUGCUCAAUCCUCCCCCUAAUCUGGGACAGUGGUGUAACAGUACAACAUAAGAACAAACUAUAAAAAUCAGUUGAAAAAGGCUUUACUCAUCAGAUGGAUACAAAUAGAAAUACAUCUAACAAAAACACAAAGUGGACGUGGACGGGUACUUAUACAUACUUUCAAAGAACCUUACGAACCAUUCCUUUCAUUUCAUACUUUAAUGUUUAUAUAUUUUUGAAGAUUUAAGGUGUUGUAAUGGCUGAAUGUUGUGUACUGCAUAUUGUAUGUCUAAAACUAUUUUAAAAAAAUGUCUUACUCAAGCGAAUGAUGUGUAAAUUUUAAAAAAAAUUGUUGGAAUUAUUUUGGUUUGUACUAAAAAAUUAUUUUAGUGAUUGAGUUCAGAGAUAACAGAUUUUGCUAUGAUUCAUUGUGCACAACUUGAAAUUGGUUUGAUGGUUUUCCAUCAGUAAAGGAAUGCUUGUAGUAAAAUAUAUAGGAAAAAGAUCAAAUGUGUCAAAAAAAGUUUGAUAUCCAAACCAUAUGCAAUGUAAAGUAUAAAAAAAAAAAUAGUAGUUAUUGUGUAAAUGUUUUUGUCAUAGUUGCAAUAGAUUGAUUGGUGUUUGCUUUACGCCAUAUCAGCGCAAAAGGCUAUAUCACAGUCAGUAGUUAGAAAAAGAUGUCAUUUAAGAGAUUCUAUAAUGACUUGUUUUAGUAGUUAUAUGAUAAGGUUUGAGAUCUACUUUUUAACAUUAUAAAUAUUUAUCCCUUAUUAAUAGAAUACAAAGGAUGAUUUAGAUAGAUAAUAUCAAACUUAAAUCCUCAUGUUUUUAAUUGACGCUAAAAUGCAUUUCCAACUGAAUGAAUGGGUACCGUAAAGAAUAAAGGUGCAUGCAAUUACAAACUUCAAUGUUUCAUUUCAUGUAUAUUUUUCAUCUUUCAUAUUAAUCAGUUAUUUUAUAUAUCUCAUAUAUAUAAGUCAAGAAUGGCAUAGAAUAUUUGUAAUUAAUAGAAAAGUGGGAUGAAUUCAGUCAGUGUUUAUAUAUUUGUAAUAUAUUCAUUUUUGAGUGGCUAUUACAUCAGAUUAUGUUUUGGUUGUGAUUAUAUACCAUAGUUUGCUUGCUAAAUAUAAAAACAUGAAAUCAUGGUUUCAUUCACAUAAUGGAUAGCUGAGGAAAAGAUUUUUACUGUACCCUCUAAAUUCUUAUUUUAAUAAUUGUUUUCUUUUCAUAUUUUCUGUCUAUCAUAUAUGCAGACCUCAUAUUUCUAUUUUAUCUCCGAAAUUUCAUUGAAUCUUUGAAAGAAGGUUACCUUUAUAAUGAACUUAUGAACAGGUCAUUUUACUUUUCUCUCAGAACUACUUGUCAAUCAUGAACCUUGUCCUUACCAUAAGACAUCGCCAUCUGAAAAACUUCCGAUACUAGUGAAUGGAUAAAAAAACUAGUCUAUAACUCACUAUCAAUAAUGCCACUGUUUAAUUUUCAACCUCCCAAGCCAUUGGAUAUCAAGAUACAUUUAUUUGCUGAUUUUCAUCUCUUGUUUUCUUCUUAAUCAAAUAUUAAAAUUAAGAUAAUCAACAUGGCAGUUUAUAUAUUUUGUGACAAUGGCAUGUAAAUGCAGUAGCUCUGAUCAGAUUUCAAAUGAUUAGCAUAAUGCAAAUGGCAUUGAUUUAAAUAUUUUAUAGUGAAUGAUUAAAGUUUUAUAUGGUCUUAAAAACUACUGUAGUUAUAGUGUUUUAUACAGCUAUUGACUAUUUGCCCUACUGUUACAGUUUUCAUUAUAUUCCCUGCUUGAUAUCGUUCUGUUUGUAGAACUAAAUGGAUUUGAGAAAUUUGUAUAUGUACUUGUAUCAGGAUAUUUUGAAAAUAAAAUUAGGACCUGGAUAAA